CGUGCUGCUUCAAGUUGCCCUGCAAGGAUGUCCGGAGUCGAGGUCAUCGGCUUGGUCCUGGGAGCGAUUCCUCUCAUAAUAUCUGGCCUGGAGCACUACAAAACGUGUGUCAAAACGAUCAAGAGUAUCAAACACACUGCAGUAGAGCUCGGAACAGUGGCAAGGAACUUGCGAACAGAGGGACUCAUGUUCCGCAAUACGCUGCAGAUUCUGCUUAGCCAGUGUCUGGACCAUGAAACGCAAAAGCAGCUCCUCGAUGCCAGUGCCGAUGGCUGGGAUCAAGGAAAUGUUCGGGAUGCACUCCAGCAAAGGCUUCAGACCUCGUACGAGCUGUACAUGGAGCACGUUCACAGGGUCCGAAGUACCCUGAGCGAGUUCAUGGAAAGGUUACACCUCGGUCCGGAUGGCAAGCCGCCUUGCGACACAACUGCUGCAUCAUUCCGAUCCGCAUACAAAAGGCUCGGCUUCGCUAUAAAGAAGUCCGGAUACUUGGACCUCAUCCAGGAGAUCCACGAUGUCAACGUCAUGCUUGAGCGACUUACUGGUCAGACUCGAGAGCUCGAGGCAGGAAGAAAGCUGCGAGCGACGGACAUCAAGCAUAUUGAAGCUCCGAAGCCCGUGCUAUCAGUGUCUUCAAGCACUGCGGCUUUCGAUGCCACUAUCUCGCAUGCUACCGGCAGCUCAAAGAUCACAGUAAGAAGUCAUUCGGUGAGAUUCCAGAGCCCAUCACGAAUCCACAUAGCACCGACGCUGCCUCCAAUAUUGCCGCCGGAAAAUCGGAAACAAAAUCUGACCGGUGCGGACGCCCGACGUCUGGCACUCUCUCUGGCCACAGGAAUGCUCCAGCUCCAUAGUACUCCAUGGUUGCAGAGUUCGUGGGGGAAAAGCGAUAUCAUGCUCAUCAGCAAGCAAGACAAAAUUCUCUCUCAGCACGCCUUCAUCUCGCAAGACUCAACCGGUGCUCGCAAGACUCUACCUGCCUCUCCAGCCACAGGAGCACUGGCAAUGAUAAUCAAAAAUCGGACGUUGUUCUCACUUGGAUUGAUGUUGAUCGAACUAUGCAUGGGCAAAUCCAUGGAAGACUUGCACCGAGCAGACGAGCGGAACCCAGACGGCACAAUAUCAGAGUUCUCGGACCUCCUGACAGCAGAGCGACUUUUGAACAAGCAGACCAUCAGUGAGAGUUUUGGCAAGCGGUGGAGUGAUGUCGUGCGCCGGUGCAUCCGUUGUGAGGUAGACGAGACAGAAAGCAGUCUGGAAGAUGCUGGCUUCCGAAAAGCGGUGUACAACAAGAUAUUGAUGGAGCUGGAAGAGGAACAUAGGCAGUUCUUCCGACUUUGA